UCAUGUGUUGUUGGCAGUUUUGUCAACACGUAAUUCGCAGGAGGAUAUAAUUUCCAAUACAAUAAUUAGUUCACAUUUAAAGUGAAACAGCUGGGAAUUUAAAUAUAUAAAAUAAAAUGGCUACGAGUGAUAGUGAGGACUUUGAAAGUGCAGACGAAGGUCAUGGAAGUCCAGACAAAAAAGAAAGAAAGAAACGCCUAUCCUCUUCAAAUUACAGCGACAACGCAUUAGAAACUGAACAAAAAGCUUCGAAUACUCCUAAAAAAUCUAGUAACGUUAAAAAUGUUGAGGAAAUACCGAAAGAAACCGAUGGUUGGGAUGAUUUUGACAUAGAUGACAAUGAACCCGCACCCACACCCGCACCUGCAAAGAGUAAUGUACAGAACCAGAAUAAAACAAUAGAAGAUAAACCUAGCAAUGUAAAGGAGAGUAAAAAGUCUCAAGAUACCGGCUGGGAUGACUUCGAAGACUGGGGAGAGGAAGAUACCUCCAGUAAUGUACAAAAGCCAGAACCAAAACCAGUUCAGUCUAAACCGCAGCCAGCUCAAAGCCAAAAACCAGAGCCUAACAUCCAGGAGGUGACAGACAGACUGGCUGCAGCAUCCACUGGUGGUGGUGGGUGGGGCUGGGGCUGGAGUGUGGACUCCUUGCUGAGCACCGCCACUGCUGGUAUCAGUACCAUCACCAGUCAAGUUUCACAGGGCAUAUCAACAGUCCUAGAAACCGGUAUUGGUGCCCCUGACCCAGAAGAGUUAGCAAGAAGAUCAGUAAAGACCAAUGAGACGAAAACCGACAGACCUGCGCCUGCGCAGGAAGCUGACAAAAGACCUGAAACGGGAAGUGAACAGGAAGCAAGUGCUGGAGAUGCUGCAUUCCCAUUCGGAAGUCUGUUAUCUGGUGUUACCAAGUUUGUUGAGACUACUGGUACAAAAGUAAUACACGGUGGUCUAGAUACUCUAGAAACUAUAGGCAAGAAGACGAUGGAAGUUCUCCAAGACGGUGACCCUGGACUGGCCAAGAAGCGGGCCAUGCUUGGCCUGGGAGCUGGUGAUAAGCCAGUCCUUUCCCAAGUCCUCAGGGAGGCCAAGGCCAAAGCAGAGGAGGAGGAUAAAGUGAGAGAGGAGAAAAGAGAAGCCAAAGAGGUGCAUUAUGAGAACCUCUUUGAUGAUUUUGAAGGCCUAGUACACUUAGAAGCACUGGAGAUGUUGUCUAGACAAGUGAGCAUGCGCAUAGAGGAGAGGAUACGUAGCGUGGACGUAGAGAAGAGGCAGGAUAUUAAGGAGACACUGCAGCAAGUUGCUGAACUAUGUGAAAUGCCGGAAGAAGAUGAUGAUGACGAGGAAUCUCCAAGCGAAGAUCUGUCGAAGCCAGACGCCUUCCAUGAAAGGCUGCAGACUGCUACACAAGACCUCGGGCUGAAACUGCAGUUCCUACCACUGGUCAAGCAAUACACAGAUGUCCUAGCCUACCUAUCAUCACCGGACGCAGACUCAGUGAAGUCAGUGUACAAGCGGGGAGUGUCGAGUCUGGCACAGGGCACCGCUCUGUCAGUGGAACAGUACCACAAGGCGGCUGAGAUGCUCCUCGUCAAGACCCGAAGGUCCACCGCUGACGAGGCUGAUGCUUUGACACAAAUGACAGUGGUGCUUACAAAACACAUAAGCGAGCUGGCGACACUCUUCACGGAGAAACUGAACGCACUGCCAUCUGACAAUAAGGAACAAGUCAACACAUACAUCACCAAUAUAUUCCUAGAGGCUGGCAACAGUUCGACGUACAUACAGAACGCGUUCCAGUUGGCGUUACCUAUACUACAGAUAGGUGCUGUGUAGAUGUAAAACAAUGUUAAUAUUUUGUACACACUGAUCAAGAAUUUUACUGCCUACAUACAACCUAAUUGAACCAACAAAACAAUGUAACCAAAAUUUGUAUUGUGAAACUAUAUCAUCAAUUAGUUUUGCGCGAUUCGUGAACGCGCGGUUCCCGCAUGUCUGAACUAGCCCUUAGUCUGAAAAUAUGUUGAAAACCGCAUCACUCCUUUUUUUAGUCGGUAAAAAAUAUAUAAUUAGUCCUAAAAUAUAAUCUUUUCUUACACUUUAAAAUGGUUCCAAAAAGCGAUAGGAAAUCAUCAAUGAAUUGACGUGUUUUGAUGGUGUUCAAAUUAAUUCCGACUAGAAUAUUUUUGAUCAGUGUUUUAUAGAUACAUGUGAUAUUGUAAAAUGUUGUUAUAAAUAUGUGUGGUUCAAAGUUUAUUCCUAAAUGUUUGAGAGUUUAGAAAGGGGUACGAUUAUAAUCUAUUGUUAGCUGUAGAGAUAAAAACAUAUACGAAGAUAAAUAAAUAUGUACUGCCAUUCCGUACUAUCAUCCAUAUAAAAAUGUCUUAUUUUAUAUUUGCGCAUACCUCUUUAUGUUGCGCAACAUUGCGCUAAGAUUUGCGCAAAUGUAAAUGGAACGCUGACGAAAAACGCUUCAACUUCUUUUUUGUUUUUAUUAACAAAAAUGAUACAACAUUUUUGUUUUAGUGUUUUUAAUUAAACAUCAGUCUUAAGCAGUUGAUUACAACUAUUAUUACAUAUAAUAAAUUAACAUUUAAUAAAAAAAAAUAUGAAGUCAUAUUUUUUUUGAAAGGAGAACUAGUUUUUUACCAUCCCUUGUUUGCGGCGUUUGGAAGCGUUUCGUUUACACUCACACUUUAAUGUAUGUGCUAUGUGCUCUCUUGUUUUAUUCUUCUUGUAAACUCAAAUCAUUCCCUUCCUUCCAAUAGUUCCAAUGCAGUUUAGAAAAACAUGUGUAAGUACACAUCGUGUGAUUUUUGACGCAUUUUAUCUAAUUUAUUUCUUCUUUGAACUCAGUACUUACCUCACAUUCACAUGCAGCUAACAAUUGAUUAUAAUAUUUAUUAACUUUAAAACUAUAUCACUUCUAAUUAAUUGUUCAAAUCUUGGGUCUAAAAAGAAAAUAAAAUGUUCUUAUAUCAAUAAAUAUUAAUAUAUGUGUGAAGAAAUGGCGAAUUUUCUCGAAAAUCUAUAAUAAAUGUUUUAUUUACCUACUAUACUUACAGAUAUGUAUGUGAAUAUGCCUAAUAUAUUAUGCAUUUAAUAGUAAAUGAUUUUUAUUAA